GAACUUCUUAUCUUAUAAGUCUUUACAGAUCACGUCGUUGUGUAGGGAAGAUCCGUGCAUUAUGAGGACAUUGCUUUUUCUCCUUCUCGUUCAUUUGGCAACAGGUUUCAUAUUAGACAGUCUGAACAGUUUGGACAAACAGGUAUGCUUUGGAGAUUUGGGGUGUUUUAGCACCGCGCCCCCAUUCAGAAGUGUAGAGCGACCAGUUGAUUUACUACCUAAAAGUCCAACGGAACAACAGAUUAAGUUUUACCUUCAUACAAGAGAAAAUCCCUCCACUUCCAACGAGGAACAACUACAAGUAGGAGGUGGUCUGGAAAGCACUCAUUAUUCCGGAUCCCGGAAAACUAAAAUCCUCAUCCACGGAUUCACUCACCAUGGCCAUCGACAAUGGCUCCUCAAUUUGGCAACAGCUUUAUUAAAGAAGGAAGAUCUGAAUGUUAUUAUCGUGGACUGGGGCCAUGGCGCAGGCAUCCCAUACGCACAAGCCACAGCUAACACCCGAGUGGUUGGUGCCUACACAGCUAAACUGAUUCAGGAGUUGUCGGCCGUGGGUCCGUCGCUCGCUGACUUUCACAUCAUAGGACAUAGUUUGGGUGCCCAUAUCGCAGGAUACACAGGGGAACGUUUAAAAACACUGGGACAAAUUACAGGUUUAGACCCAGCCGACCCAUACUUCCAAGGUACCGAUGUACGAGUGAGACUUGACCCGAGUGACGCGGCAUUUGUUGACGUCAUUCAUACCGAUGGCUCCAGUAUUUUGCAAUUAGGAUUCGGCGUUAUGCAACAAAUGGGUCACGUAGAUUUCUAUCCAAACGGAGGCUCUAACCAGCCCGGGUGUGAUUCAGAUUUCAUAGGAAAACUAUCACACACUGUAUGGACGGCAGUCACGCAGUUAGAUACUUUAGCGGCAGAAGGAGCUGUUGCCUGUAGCCACGAGAGAUCAUACGUCCUGUAUACAGACUCGGUCACCAGUCAGUGUCCCUACACCGCAUACCCGUGUACCAGCGGCUCUGAGUACGCAGCUGGCCACUGCUUAACUUGUACCGGAACCGGAUGUUCUGAGAUGGGAUAUAACUCAAAGAACUUCUCCGCUAGGGGAUCUUUUUAUCUGGAUACCACAGCUGCAAGCCCAUUCUGCGAGUUCCAUUAUCAAAUUAACAUUACUGGACGAAACAACAUGGAUGGUGUAAUAACCAUUGUAUUGCAAGGAACCAAAGGCAGAAGUGCAAACAUCCCGCUGAUGACGGACAAUGAGGUACACACAAAGGGACAUAUCAUCUCAAAGUUUAUAAAAGUUCCCAAGGAUAUCGGCUCCUUGACAAACAUUGCCCUUGAGUACGACAAAACCUCCAAUUUACUCACGGGCUGGGCAUAUCCUAACGACUGGCAGUUGAUGGGCAUGUCAAUUUUAAGUGCAGAAGAACAGAAAGUGUACACGUUCUGUGCAUAUGGAAAGACAUUAACCAGUCACAAACCGGUGGCUCUGGGUCUAACAGGAACUUGCUGAUUUCAAGUUCAAACUCACGAAAUAAAAAAUCUUCUCUCUUA